GUAAAACUUGCAUCGUGCGUAAAAUCGUUCUAAAGUAAAGACAAAAAUAUGGGUGAAAACGCAACGGCAACAUUUUAUUUUUAAAAUUUUGCUCUAUUAUGUGUAUCAAAUAGCAGAUGGCAUCGCAUUCGUAGUUCGCAUCUCUAAUUUUCAAAUUUCAAUGUUGAAAUUUUUGACAAAAGAUAAAUUUUUUGACAUAGAAAAUGACAGUCGUUGUUGAGUUUUCCAUGUGAGUGGACUGUGAGGAUUUAUAGUGAAAUUUUAUUCGCGUUUUACAAUUAGAAGUUUUUAUUUUUGAUUUUUUCAAUUGGAAAUGUAUAAAGCAAAAAUUUAUUAAUAGACACAGAAACCUUUUGUAUAUAUAUUUAGGAUAUACACGAACAUGCGAAAUUAUUAAAGCUUUUUAUGUUUUUAAGAUCUAUAUUUAAUUUUUCUGAAGAAAAUCCAUUUAAGAAAAAGAAAAAAGUAUUUGACUGCAUUUAUAAAGAAUAUUAUUUGACGUAAAUUUACGUGAAACAAAAAAAAAUCAAAGUUAAAAAAAUAAUUUUUAAUAGACUGUGAUUAAAUUUUGCAAUUUGCAGUUUAUUUUUAAAUUAAGGAAAUUUAUGGGCAGUUCAUGCAAAAUUUAAGAGCAUUUAUACAAUAAAGACAAUAUGGCUGACUUUGAUCUGAACGUAGAUAGUUUAAUUAAUAGGCUUCUGGAAGUGCGAGGAUGCCGUCAAGGAAAACCAGUACAAAUGAGUGAAGCAGAAGUACGUGGACUAUGUCUAAAAUCAAGAGAAAUAUUUUUGCAACAGCCAAUUUUAUUAGAAUUGGAAGCUCCACUAAUCAUAUGUGGCGAUAUACACGGCCAAUAUACAGAUUUAUUAAGAUUAUUUGAAUAUGGAGGGUUUCCACCAGCAGCCAAUUACUUAUUUCUUGGAGAUUAUGUUGAUAGAGGAAAGCAAUCAUUAGAAACAAUAUGUUUAUUGCUGGCAUAUAAAAUAAAAUAUCCAGAAAAUUUCUUUUUAUUACGUGGUAAUCAUGAAUGUGCUAGUAUUAAUAGAAUUUACGGAUUUUAUGACGAAUGUAAACGGAGAUACAAUGUAAAAUUAUGGAAAACUUUUACAGAUUGUUUUAACUGCUUGCCAAUAGCUGCUAUAAUUGAUGAAAAAAUAUUUUGUUGUCAUGGUGGGCUCUCACCUGACUUACAAGGUAUGGAACAAAUUCGUCGUUUAAUGAGACCAACAGAUGUUCCAGAUACAGGUUUAUUGUGUGAUUUAUUAUGGAGUGAUCCCGAUAAAGAUAUUCAAGGUUGGGGUGAUAACGAUCGUGGUGUAAGCUUUACAUUUGGAUCUGAUGUUGUAUCAAAAUUUUUAAACCGACAUGACUUAGAUUUGAUAUGCAGAGCACAUCAAGUUGUUGAAGAUGGUUAUGAAUUUUUUGCUAAACGUCAAUUAGUAACAUUAUUCUCCGCACCAAAUUAUUGUGGCGAAUUCGAUAAUGCUGGCGGUAUGAUGAGCGUGGAUGAGACAUUAAUGUGUUCUUUCCAAAUAUUAAAACCAUCCGAGAAAAAAGCAAAAUAUUUAUAUAGCGGCAUUAACUCCAGCAGGCCGUCUACGCCCCAAAGGAACCCGUCACCAAUAGGUUCUAAUGCCAAAAAAUAAUAAAAAUGUAAUUAAAAAGAUUUAUCUUAUAAUGUUAUUACUAAAAUACUAAAUACAAAAAAAAAAGAAAGAAAAACAACAAAAAAGCUUUUUUGUUAUUAUUUUAAUUAAAAAAAAUUGUAGAAAUAUUAGACGUGCACAUACAUAUAUUAAGUAUUAUAGUCAAAUUAUCAAUCUAAUAUGAUUAAGCACACAGAAAGUUGCAGUUGAAAGAAAUACAAUCAAGUUAUCUUAUUGAAAUGUUAAAUAUAUACAUACAUUUUUUUUGUUCAUUUUUAAUUUGUCAAUUAAAGUGCUUUUCAAUUGAGCUAUAGUUUAGUUUACUUGCAAAUAUAUAUAGUCAGUUGUUACUAAUAAAGAAAGUUAAUUAUAUAUUUAAAUUAAUUUCAUUAAUAUAACUUCGUAUUUAUUCAGCAUAUGACAUUUUCUUUUCUUCUUUGAAUAGAAAUUGAUUUUACAACGCACAGUUGAAAUAUAACUAAUUUUUUG